CCUGAAUUUUUAUGUCCCUAUUCAAAACAAAGAGCACACAUAAAAUUCACAAAAUUCCAAAUUCAAUUUUACAUUUACACACUCAAUAGUACGCAGAUGGAUCGUGAAAAUUCUCAGAAUCCCUAUGAGGCACAGUGCAAUCAGGCCCAAUGCAGUCGCUCCCAGAAUUCACAGUCGGCCAGGGAUAAAGUGUCUUUUGGUACCCCUCAGCAGCAGCAGUCAAUCUAUGACUUGGUGGACAAUCAGGCACAGUCGGUCAGGGAGGCACUGUCUUUGGGUAUCCCGCAGCAGCAGCAAAGUCAGCAGCAGUCAGUUUAUGAUUUGUUUGGCAACAAUGGGACCAUUGACAGAUCUGAACGCGAUCUCAGUAGCAUGAUGGUGGGUCCUGGAAAUUCUCGGAAACCCUGUAGUGCACAGUGCAAUCGUGCCCUAUGUAAUUGCUGCCAGCAGAGAAAGUCGGCCCAGUAUGCAGAGGCAAGUUAUGCCUUCUUUCACAACGAUAAGACCAGCGUUGGAUUUGAGCCUGAUAUCAAGAGCACCACUAUUGAUAGAGGGAGUUCCGAAGAAGCCUGUAUGCCACAUUGCACUGACAGCUGUAGCCGCCUGUCGCAUUCAUUGCGAGGAUUAACGCCACCAAAGUAUGAUUCGGGAUACCAGCAGUCACUACCGCCCCAGAGCUCUGAAACGAAGCAGAGUCAAUAUUCAAGAAUUCAAUUUUCAACUUGUCCACCUAUGAGCCACACGUCGCGCAGUCAGUCAUUCCAAAGAGUUAACGCCCAGAGGCCAGAUCGCCAGCAGAUUCAACAUGAGUCAGAGGAAUUCAAGGAUAUUGAACCGUUUGACGAACCAACGCGCAAUCAUUCGCUCCAGACUUUUCAAACACCGACACCAUCCUGUUGUCGGAAGGCCAUGAAUCAGAGUCCCAUGACUCAGAGUCAGGAAACUAUGACUACACCACAGUGUUACAGUACGCCAUAUAAAAGGAAUACACCCGCUAAGCCGGAAAGACCUUAUUGCAUGGCAAAUGCAAAACUAACACUCCGAUUCGGCGAUCCAUCCAAUAGUCAGGUAAACACGAGAACGCCAGUUGGACACAGUACCCUGUAUCAUAGCAAUGCACCAACAAAUGGAGAUAGCAAUGCAUCGCUACCAAUCAGAUAUGUCGAUCAAUCCAGUGAAGAGGAAUGCACGAGCUUGGCAUAUGCACAGAAGCUUUCCAUUGACUUUUCCCAGACGAUCCACGGAACGUCUAGUUCGGAUGAGAAUUGCAUGUGCAGCCGCACUAAAACGGCAGAGGAAGCGUUGGCUAGCCGCACCAGAGCCGUGUUCUUCCGUGCCAUGGUCAAGGAGAACUGUUGUAACGAUGUAAUAGAGCAGACUCUCAAUGGGAGCGAGAACUUUAAUGAAUAUGCCUUUCAAAUCGCCUUCGCCGGACUAAUACCUGAGAAGCUGGGUUGCGUCGAUCCCAUCACCAUGCUGGAGGCCAUCAAAUUACGAAUCGAUUACGAAUGGAAAGAAAUUCGCAAUAAUUAUGAGAAAAAAGAAAACUUAACCAAAACGGAAACAUAUGCACGGGAUAGAAGUCGAGAUCGGUACAAAGAUCAUUCCAAAGAUCGUUCCAAAGAUCGGUGCAAAGAUAUUAAUGAUGGCUCGAGCAGCCAGGAGACCCAGCAGCAAGUAAUCCCCAACGAAGAUAUUAAAGAUCACUUCAUGCCGAAGAACCAAUAUGAAGUCAAUCAGGGCAUAUGCUCCUACCUCAAGGCCGAGAACGAAUAUCGCGGUUUGCAUUCAGAUUCGAUAGCUGAUUUUAAUGUGAAUGUCAAUGCAUUUGAGUCAAAUUUUUUUAAUAACAACAUCUGCAUGAACGUUUAUUCGGCCACAACGGAUCCGAAGCCAUAGGAUAGAAUCUGUCCUCUAAUGACUGGAUCUACCACAGUGAGCUCAUUUUAGAGUAGCGAACAAAGGAGCCAGCGCUGGUGGGUAAGAAUUUACCACUGUGCUACCUACUCGCAUUGUAUACUCAUAAUCAUAUUAUAAUUUGAGUGCUGGUUUAAUCCUGACACAAGAUCGAUUGGACUGGACAGACAAAAAAGGAACUACUAGGAUUGACUAUGGUGCAGAGCAUGCUGAGUAACAUCUGAACACCUGUUAUGCUGCUGCGUAGAUGUAAAUACAACAGCUGUUUACCCACCAUGAUCAACUGGGAGCAAUGCAGAAUCGUAGAGAAUGACCAUAUCUUCUAGACAGCAGAAUCUGAAUUGGAUCGUAUCAUUAUUAUAGCCAGA